CACUUAGUUAUGACGGAACGUCCGUACACCGCCGAGGACUUUGCCGGUCUGAAGAAGGCAGACCUGAUCAAUCUCGUGGUACGGCAGCAGGGUAAAUGGCCUGGGAAGUUCAGGAAGUCCUCGGUCAAGGUGGACGAACUUAAGGAUGCCUUGCUCGAACCCCGGAAUCACUUCACAACGAAUCUCCCGCCGCGGGCUGCCACCCAAUAUUCGUCAAACCCGAUCCCAGUGGUCCCAAAUGGUCCACCACCAGCAGAAUCUAGGUCUCGGGCUUCCGAGUCCGCGCGAUCUAGUUCCACUGCCCGUUUGAGUUCGAAUCCAAUCCCGGCAGAGACUGAACAGAUUCCCCCUUCGACUACGCGUCAGGUCAAGAUCCGGGUGUAUGUGCAAGACUUCCGUCACACACCUGCUCUGAAAACUCUCGCGUUUGUAAUGAUGGAGGUCCCGACUCAUACUGUGCAAGAUACUGGAUCAUUUGAAGUCUCGGCACCGCUGCUUCUAUCACAGCUCCAGAUGAGUGCUGGGGCCAUUCAAUUUCGAGCGCCCUCUGAGAGAAUCCGUCUCUCUUUUCCGGACAGUGAAGAUCCAGAAUACAUGGUUCCGUUUGCGCACAUUGAGUCAGGUGCUUCAGUGGAGAACACUGUAUUCAACCCUGACAAACUGAGUGUCUCUGCCAUGGGACAUGUUCAUCUGAAUGUGGAUAAUACUUCCACUCUCCAAGACAUUUUUGGUAAACCCAGGCCCAUGCACUCAACAACUUCACCAGUAUCUUCCACCCAGUUGGCAACAAAGGGCACCUCCAAUUCUGAGGAGGAACAGACAAGCUCAGUGGUUUCCAGCUCUUUGCCAUGCCGUCAAGAGGUGCAAUAUCUGCGGGAUAUCCUUGACAAACGCAAUGGUUUCAAGGCAUUUGCCUCACACAGGAAUCAUGUUGUUCAAAACUCUGAGAUUGUCCACGACUGGAAGUUUGUUGAUGCAUUUUGCUCCCAGUACAAAAGUGUCCGAGUUGGGACUUUGAAAGUACGCUCUGAUGAUAUCUGGAAUGCACUGGGGGUUAAGAAGACCUGGCUUUCAAAUGCCCGAAAUGCAGCAAGGAUCAUACGCA